AUCAUGAUCAGCCGUAACUUCAAAAAUGUGUUGGUGGUCUCUGUGGGGUUUCUGUCUCUGUUCACGGCUUACGGAGGCCUGCAGAGUUUACAGAGCAGUCUGAAUGCAGAGCAGGGGAUGGGUGUUGCAUCUCUGAGCGUCAUCUACGCCUCCAUCAUCAUCUCCUCCAUGUUCCUGCCCCCCAUCAUGAUCAAGAAUCUGGGCUGUAAAUGGACCAUUGUUGCUGGGAUGGCUUGUUACGUGUCAUACUCGUUUGGAAACCUCUACCCUGGAUGGUACACCCUCAUCCCGACCUCGGUGAUCCUGGGUUUGGGCGGCUCCCCUCUCUGGUCGGCUAAAUGCACCUACCUGACCAUUUCUGGAAACAUCCAGGCUGCUAAAGAAAAUAAAAAGGGAUCUGAUGUCAUCAACCACUACUUCGGCAUCUUCUUCUUCAUCUUCCAGUCGUCGGCAGUGUGGGGGAACCUCAUGUCGUCGCUCAUCUUUGGACAGGACACCAGCAUCUCCGACAUCCCAGAAGAAGUUCUGGAAACGUGCGGAGCAGCCGACUGCGGCCUGACCAUCAAAGUCAACAGCACGACCAGCAGGCCAUCGCAGAAUCUCGUGUGGACGCUUGUCGGCAGCUACAUCGGUGUGGGGGUGCUGGCCAUAAUAAUUGUGUCGGUGUUUCUGGACAACGUUGACCAGGAGCAGACCAGCCAGUUCCGUGAGAACAGAGAACCGUUCUGCCGCACGUUCUUGGCCACGUUUAGGCUUCUGAAGGACUGGAGGCUCGUGACGCUCAUCCCACUCACCAUGUACAGUGGCUUUGAACAAAGUUUCCUCUCUGGGGAGUACACCAAAAACUAUGUGACCUGUGCUUUGGGGAUCCAUUUUGUUGGAUAUGUGAUGAUGUGUUUUGGAGCAUCCAACUCCCUUUGCUCGUUUCUUUUUGGGAGAAUCGCUCGGUACACUGGCAGAGGUCCCCUCUUCUUACUGGCUGCUUUGGCCAACCUCGCCUGCAUCAUUGCUCUCUUGUUCUGGAGACCUCAUCCAGACCAGAUGGCUUUGUUUUUUGUGUUUCCUGCUUUGUGGGGAAUGUCUGACGCUAUCUGGCAAACUCAAACUAAUGCUCUUUACGGCGUCCUUUUCCCGAAGAACAAGGAGGCAGCGUUUGCCAACUACCGGAUGUGGGAGUCGCUCGGUUUCGUGAUCGCCUUCGCCUACAGCACGUUUUUGUGUCUGGAGUACAAAAUCUACAUCCUGCUGGCCGUUCUGGUGCUGACGGUCAUAACGUAUCCCAUAGUGGAGUACUACGAGUAUAAACAUCCCACAGAACCCAUCGAAGAAUACGCCAUGCAAAGCCACAAAGAAACAAUUGAAACAAAGACGGACAUCGUCGCUCAGACUCAAAUGUAGAGACACAACGCAACAAGUACUGUAUGUAAUGGUAAGGUUUUAAAGGGACUGAUAGAAACACCCCCACUAUACUCACAUGACUAUGACCGUAUACCGUUUCUUAAAUCGUGUUUGUCUUUUGUAAAACUGGUUCACAAGCUGUAAAACAUUUUGAAAAAAGUAAGAGAGAAUAGUUUUAAAUUGGUCACUAACUAAACAUGGGUUAA